UCUUCUACUGUGAAGUCAUGUUGUUUUGAUAGACGCAGUGUUCAGUUUAGCAUCGUCUUGCUGAGAUAUUCUUUGUUUUCUGAAAAAGCUGCAGCUUUUGUUGCUUUGUAUCUACUUUUCACCUUGAUGGUGCCUUUCCAGAUGUGCAGCUGUCAGAUCCAUAGGCACCAAUACCACAUACCAUCAGAUAUUCAGGCUUUUGAGUGCUGAUAACAAGCUGGGAAGUGGGCGUGACAUCUGAGCUUUCCAAACAGAAUUUCAGAUUUGGAUUUCUCUGCCCGCAGAACAGUUUGCACUUUGCCUCGGUCCGUUUGAAAGGAGCUUUGGCGCAGAGACGAUGGUGUUGUUUCAGGAUCAUUUUUUCAUGUAGGGCUUCUUCUUUGCACGAUGGAGCUUUAACCUGUAUUUGUGGAUGGCGCAGUGAACUGUGUUCACAGACAGUGAUUUCUGUAAGAGUUCCUGAGCUCAUGCCAGUUUUUCCAAAGGCCUCACAAUUUUACACCGAGGAACAUGACUCUGAAAUUGUUCGUGUUUACUUCAGAGAACCUCUGCCUUUCAUGCUCUUUUUAUUUCUGUUGCCAAUUAGCCAAAUUAGCUGUAAAAUGUUUCUCCAGCUGUUUCCUUUUAGUAGCGCUUACUUUUAAAGCCUUUUAUUGCCCUCAUCUAUCAAACUCCAAAUGAGAUCAGUUUAAACAUUUGUUAUGUUUUCUCUGUUCUAUUAUGAAUAAAAUAUGGGUUCAUAUUUAUGCGGCACCCCAAAAAAAAAAUUGUUUACAAAUCCACUUAUUUACAAAUUAUUGGAUUGAUAAAAAAAUCCUAGAAAAUCGGAUGCAUAAGAAACACAACACUGCAAAAGUAAAUCACAUAUUAUAAGCAAUGUUAAAGAAAAAUAAGUAGCAUCAAGAGCAAAAGUAUAUAAUUGUAAACAUUCCAUUAAAAAUCACAUGCAUAUUAUAAUCAGUGCUACAUUGUACAUUAAGUACUUGUAUUCAUACUCACACCUACAACACCACUCACUCUUCUCCUUAUUUUUGUUAUUUCAGCACUUUCAGACUGAAAUUUUGAACUGAAGUCACUCUGUUUGUGUUUUCCAUUUUUACUUAAUAGAUGUGAAUAGUUUCACCACUGCUUCAUGUGGAUCCAUCAAAAAAGAAAUAAGUCAUGAGUUGGCAGGUCCUUGCCAGGUGGGAGCAAGCUGGUGGAGCUGGCAUGUGUAACGUUGGGCACUGGACCCAGCCAGUAGAGUAGUGGGGUCAAUGGACGCUUACCCACGCCUGGCCAUUAUGCCGUAAUCCUUCCUCGCUUUUCUGGAAAAACUGAAUAGCACUAGAAUCACUGACUCAAUUUUUGGAUCUCAUUUUCAUGACAAAGCGAUUGUUCCCCUUUUGCCUCCACUGUUGCUGUUUAUAAAUGUGGGAAAGCGGGCAUAUAAAAGGCACUUGCUCAAAGGCCAGUGCAACAUCACGACCUCAGGGGGAAGCACCACCAUCACUCAGCAUCACCAAGGCUAUCCCACACAAUAUAUCCAAGAUGGGCAGGAUCGUCUUCUACGAGGACAAGAACUUCCAGGGCCGUCGCUAUGAGUGCGACAGUGACUGCUCAGAUUUUCACGCCUACCUGAGCCGCUGCAACUCCAUCCGGGUGGAGAGUGGAGCCUGGGUGGUGUACGAGAGACCAAACUACAUGGGCUACCAGUAUGUCCUGAGCAGGGGGGAGUACCCAGAGUAUCAGCGCUGGAUGGGACUGAACGACCACCUCAGUUCCUGCAAGAUGAUCCACUUUACCAGUGGGACCCAGUACAAGAUGCAGCUUUAUGAGAAGGCAGACUUUGGCGGCCAGGCCCUGGAGGCCACAGAGGACUGCCCCUCGCUUCUGGAGAAGUUCCGCUGGAGGGAGGUCAACUCCUGUAAGGUCUACGACGGUUGGUGGGUUUUCUACGAGCACUCCAACUACCGUGGACGUCAGUACUUCCUGGAGAAGGGAGAAUACCGCAAGCCUGGGGAUUGGGGUGCUGCCAGUCCUGCUGUCCAGUCUUUUAGACGCUUCACUGAAUAAUUUAACCUCCAUCCAAAAUGUUCAAAAGACUUAUUACAAUCUCUGUCUGGGCAUUAUGAGUUAAAAAUGUGAUUAUAACCUUCAUCAACCAUGUUUGCGAUCUCGAACUAAGGUCUCAAAAAUAAAACCUGCCCAGUAAGCACAAUGAUGUUUCUGUGGAUUAUUUUAAUGCAUGUUUUGAACUGUUUUAGCACAUAACUAAAGUUUAUUCGCUAAAGAAAAAAAACAAGCCAACACCUAACGGCACAACGGUGGUUAAAACCGUUACCUCACAGCAAGGUCUUGGGUUUGAGUCUCAGCUUUCUGUGUCUCUGUGAGUUAACCCUCUGACAGACUGGUAACCUGUCCAGGUAUACCCUGCCUCUCGCCCUGUGACAGGUGGGACACACUGUCACGGCAAACUCUACAACCUUUAUUUAACAACACAAUUUAUUUAAAAUGACAGACAAAAAAUAUACAAACAAACAAAACAAAAAAACAGGAAACAUCUAAAAACAUUUCAAGCAUCCACUGAUGAAAUGCUGCCACCUGGUGGUGAAAGUUAUAGUUUAAAAACCCACCUGUCCAUUCAAGUUUUCAAAUUCAAAUUUCAGCUGGACUUCUGUGUCAUAAAUAUUUGUACCAUUAGGCGGAGUAUAGAGCUAGUGUAGCCUCGACUCUGCACACUAGGAGAAGAUGUGAUCAUCACUUCAUAACAAUCUAUCAAACUAUUGCUACAUCGCUAAUUUCAGCAACAUAUAAAAAAUACUUCAAUAUAUUUUACUCAUCAGAAGCACAGACUUCUUGCAGGGUCUGUCAAAGUUGUAUUAAAUUUCAAGUAUAAGUGCACUGAAAAGCUUUCUCAAGGCAAAGACUGGAAUUAGUUGGGCUGACACCUUGUUGACAGCUAGCAGCGAUGGUCAAGUCGGUAGCCUCCUGUUAUCAUAAAGGAAGAAAUAAGCUAUAAUGACAAAACCAUCUCUGGAACAGGCUGUAAAAAUGUUUAUUUCUGCUGUAAAGUUGAACAUUAUAAUAUGGGAGUCUCUGCCCCGAGUGGCCACUAGAGGAACUACAGUUUCGGGCACUUCUGCUUCGGCACCCUGGAGGUUGCUGCUCGGUCAAUAUGAGAUGUUUUCUUACAUAAUUAUGAAAAUUACAAUAGGAAGCAGGCACUUGUCUGGACCCUUCAA